AUGUUGGCUCGUUUGUGCGAGACGCAGCUCUCGGAUCGCAAUCAAGCAUCGGCAAGCAAUGAAGGAAAUGAGACGACUGAAUAUGGACUUGGAGAGGGCAGAAAAGCUGACAAUCGAGAAGAUCUCCGUACCAACUUGAAUCGGGGACAGUCUGCGCAGCGAAAUAAUAUGUCCUGGGAAGUCCUCCUGAACGACGGACAUGUGGUUCAAUAUGUGAAUAAUCCGAAUAUCAAAGAUCUUCUUCAGGAUGAAGACAAAAUGAGAGCAACCCCAUCGCCCUCAAAUCACAAAUCACCGCCAAAUCUCCAAACAAACAGCAACACGGCCAUUCCAACUCCAAUUCCAACACCAGCACCACUCCAAAGCCAGAACCAACAAUCCACAAUCCUAACCUCCUACCCAACCCCCGAACUAGCCCUCCACCUCUGGUCAACAUACUCGAAAAGUGUCGACCCCGUCCUAAAAAUCCUCCACAAACCAACAACCCAAUCGGCAGUCCUAUCAACAAUCCUCGACCCAACCUCCGCAACUCGCUCAAUGUUCGCACUGACUUAUGCGAUAUACUACGCAGCUAUCACGGCGCUGUGCCAUAAUCACACCUCUGGUAGUGGUACUACUAGGAGUGGAAGCAACACGAUUAUCCCAGAACACUGGUCAAACGAAGAAGAAAGAAAAACCCUCCUAUCAAGAUACAAAUCAGCUCUAGACACAAUCCUCCUCUCAACAGAGUUGAUGGAUAGUCCUGAUCUAACAUCUUUGCAAGCAUUGGCUAUAUACGCCACAACCCUCCGAACCCACUCACCCACCCGCUCAGUCUGGGUCCUAACAGGCCUAACAAUCCGCCUAUCCCAAUCAAUAGGCCUCCACAGAAACGGCACAGAUCUAAACCUAACCCCCUUCGAAACCGAACUCCGACUCCGACUCUGGUGGCAUCUUUGCGUCCUUGAUUUGAGGGCGCCGGAAGAUCAGGGUUUUGAAAUUAGUGUCGACGUUCAGGGACAGGGAUUAAGGCUCCCGCUGAAUGUUAAUGAUGAUCAAUUGUUUCCGGCUCCAUCUCCAACUGCAGAAAUCCUAUCCAAAAUCGCAGGACAACAUUUCACAACAGCGAAGAAAAAAAUGGAAUUCAUACUCCAACUUCGGGAGGAAUCGAUAUCGACGCCACCGGUCUUGAGCACAGCCCAACCAACACAAACACCAACACCACACUCAUUCACCCUAGCCUGCGACGCAAUCGACUCAAACAGGCUCCUUUUACAAUCCUCCUUCUCAAACGAAUUUCGAUGGUUAUUCACGACAUAUACGCAAUGGUAUGCGCUAGCGUAUAUCCUUCGCUGUCUUUGCAAUGUGCAUGUGCCACGUGGAGUCAAAGGUGCUGAUAUUCAGCGCGCGUGGGCGUUAGUCGAUGAUGUCUUUCCUGAUAUGUCUACGACUAUUUCUGCGAGUGUUGGUGGAUGUGCGCCCGGUGGCUCGGAUGUGGAGCAUGGGAGUAUUUGGAAGUGUUUGGUUAGAUUGAGGCAGCAGGCGAUGGGUUUGAGGGGUGGGCAGGGGCAGGGUCAGGGGGAGGUUGGGAAUGUGAUGCCAGUGGAUAGUGUUGGUGCUGGUGGGAAUGGUGGCACUAGCACCAGCAACAACUACAAGGAUACGCUGAGGAUGAAGACUCAUGCCGGUGCAGAUGCCGGUGCCAGUUCAAUGGAUGUUGACUUUAGCGAAUUCGAUAUACAGAAUCUCGGGGGCGGGGAUUUUAGUGCUUUCUCCGGCUUCGCGGCUGAUAUUCCGUUUUUGCCGGAGUGGAAUGCUAUUAUGAAUGGGUGUUUUGAUGAGAUGGGGGAGUCUGUUCAAGUUUGA